AGCAAAUAUCACUUUCGACCCCACCUAUCCCCCUUGGUCCUCCACCCACUCUACUAUAGUAUUGCCAGUCAUACCACUUAAAAAAAAAGGAAAAAGCACUGAGCGAAGGCUGACCAUUGUUGCAUUCUUUCUUCUCUCUCCAAUUUGUGCACUAAGUUUACUCCACAACUCGCGCCAUCAUUCAAGGACAUAUUUCACUCCUUAACACACCCCCACCCUUCAACUUCAAGGUAACAUUGUCUUCUUGGUAAAGCUUUGAUAUUUCUCAAGUCUGUAUAGUGAUUAAAGUGAUUGAUUGAAGAUUUGGAAGGCCUAUAUGCCAUUGUUGAUUGCUGAUUUUGUUUCCGAGAGAAAGGAAUAGAAAAAUCGUUAGUAGCACAGACAAAUGGGGAAAAAGCAGCUGGAUUUCAAUGCACCACUUCUAUCUGUGAGGAAAAUACCAUCAUCUUUAACUCCCAAUGAGAGAGCAAGUAAAAAGAUGGUAGAUAAGGCACCACCAAAUCGACAACAAUCACUACCUGUCAAAAAAUCAGAUUGGGAAUUGCGCGAGGUGACUAAACCAGUAGCUGUUCCAUUUAUGUGGGAACAGAUCCCUGGAAGACCAAAAGAUGACAAUGAACCCCGAACUAACCUUCGUGUGGAACGUUCCAGUAGUCCUAGGCUGCCCCCAGGAAGAUUGCCAGAGACUGUUCGGUUCUAUUCAGGUGAAAGGCCUCGUACUCAUAAUAUUUACAGGUCUCCAGCUGAAGGACUUCCUUGGAUGGAUCAUGCAGCUUUACUGGAUAGCCUGGCAGAAAGCAUAUAUACAAGAGGAGAUAAAGAUAGAGAAAGUGAGGACGAUGCCUAUUCUGAUGCUUCUGAAACAAUGUCACCUACCGAAUCCUUAUCCUUGGACUGCAGUGUCAGUGGUCUAAGCGGACAUCAAACUUCAGAUUUGCAACCAUCCGGAACCUUUUCCAUUGACUCGCAAACUAGAGACUUUAUGAUGAGUCGAUUCUUGCCUGCAGCAAAAGCUGUUGUGUUAGAGACGCCUCAGUAUGUUCAUAAAAAACCAGUUUCCUGUGAACAACCGAUGCCAGUCAAAAAGCUAGUCCCUGUGGAACGAAAGCCUUCGGUUAAGCCAUCUAACCCUGUAUCUUAUUAUAGCAGCUAUCCAGAGGAUGUAGCAAGUGAAUUUGAAGAUGAUGUGUCUGAGAAUCAGCACAAAAAGCCAAGUAAAGGAUGGAAAUUUUUCCCUCGGAUUUGUGUGAAGAAUUCUUUGUGCCUAUUAAAUCCACUGCCAGGACUGAAAGUGAAGACACAUGCUGCUACCACACCCUCAGCUCAAGCAGUAAAGAGAGUUUCAGGAAUGAAACAACCAAAGAUGGCCCAGAGUCCAACAUCUUAUGCUCAUGAAGUCAAGAAAUUAACUAGAAAAGCUUAUAGUGGACCUCUUGAGAAGAAUGCUUGUGAUACCAUAAAUAAGCAAAGAUUUCAUUCUGGAGUAUUGUCUCGUGAGCUGUACAAAGCUGAUAACAGAAGUUUGUCCGGGCAGUUGUCUAACCCUAACGAUUCAUGUAAGCUAGUUGGAAUCUCUCCUGGCAGGUGUUCAAGAAGUGGCGCUAUAUCUCCCUAUAGAAAUGUAGCACCCCCAUCUCCAUUCAAUGAGGGUACAAGGUUUCUUGGUGUGCCAAAGGAGAUGGAGAAUCUUUGGGCUAGUCGCUUUGAUUCAUUCCGCAAAGGUUGCUACACUGUCAAGGACAAGCAGAUAGGCACAGGAAAGUUUUUUGAUUCACCAAGUGAAGUAGUUGAGAAAACCUUGUACAUAGACUCUGUAGAUAAUGUGAAAAUUUCAGCCCCUAAUACUGCUUCUUCAAAACCCAAGGGAUUUGUGAACUCUGAUAAGAACAUGAAAACUCUGGUUGAUAGCCGUAAAGGGCUUGAAAACUUGGCUGCCAGACACUCGAAUGUUUCAGAGAAAGAUAGCAAACAGAGUGCUGAAAAGGAUUCCCUUGAUUUGGUGGAACAGGAGUCCAUGAAACUCAAGCAAAAUCUUGAUAUGGUAUCUGGAGCCUUAGAGUCUUCAAAAGUGCAUCCUUUAGGUACAGAAAAUGAAGAUAACCAAAAUGCAAAUGACCCAAAAGAUUCUAACCUUACCUCCUUGGAAUCUACUUUACCACCACCAUUACCUAAAUCUCCCUCUGAGUCUUGGCUUUGGCGCACGCUGCCUUCCAUUCCUCUGAGAACCCCAUUCUUAAGUUUUAACUCUAAGAAGCAGAAUCAGAAGUCCCACACUGAUGGCACCAAGUGGGAGACUAUCGUGAAAACUUCUAAUUUGCAUAAGGAUCAUGUCAGUUACUCCGAGGAACUGUAUUCUCUUGGUUCUUGUCAGCAGAGCAAAGCUUGAACGAUGGAUCAUUCAUUGAUAUGAAACAUCUUUUUUCUAUCGGUAUAGCUUCAAUGCUAUCCUGAAACUUUAUUAGUACAUUCCUUCUGGAGUUUCCUUGUCACCAUUUUAGUCUAGGUAUACGAGGAAGUUUUUUACCUCUUCCACUUCAAAAGAUUACUUGGUUUUGAUAGUGGUGAUUGUUGUAAUUUUCGAUUGACAUAGUAGUGGGCAUGAGAAUUGCUGAGUUUUCUUUGUAUUCCUGAAAACCAGCCCUUGCCUUGAGAAAUGAAUGAAUGAAUGAUAUUUGAUUCUAUAUGAGAUAUUCUGGCAUAGUAUUCCUUUUUAUAA